AAUAACCACACAGGAUCCAAAUCCAAAGCACCAGUUUGUGUUGAUCAUUGUUUCACUUGAAAUUCGUUGUUUUCUUCUUCUUCUUCUUCUCCAAGGCCAAGCUCAAGUUUUGGCACCCGUCUUAUUGUUUGGUCGAGACUUUUGAGCGGGUUGUAUAGAAUCUCAUGGCUUCAAAGCGGAUUAACAAGGAGUUGAAGGAUCUCCAGAAGGAUCCUCCUGCAUCUUGCAGUGCUGGUCCUGUUGGUGAUGAUAUGUUCCACUGGCAAGCAACAAUCAUGGGCCCAGCAGACAGUCCUUUUGCUGGAGGACUCUUUCUUAUUGCCAUUCACUUUCCCCCAGACUAUCCAUUCAAGCCUCCCAAGGUUUCUUUCCGAACAAAGGUUUUCCAUCCUAACAUCAACAGCAAUGGAAGCAUCUGUCUUGACAUUCUGAAGGAGCAGUGGAGCCCUGCCCUUACCAUAUCCAAGGUGCUUCUUUCAAUAUGCUCACUUCUCACGGAUCCGAAUCCCGAUGACCCUCUGGUACCUGAGAUUGCUCACAUGUACAAGACCGAUAAAGCCAAAUAUGAGAGCACUGCCCGCUCGUGGACUCAGAAAUAUGCAAUGAAUUAAGGUUUCAUUCAACCUCAGGAUGCUAGUGUUUGAUCCCUAUUACUGAAUAAUAGUAAUACCUAGUGUCUGGGUUAUCUUUGAUUAAGUAGUGGUGUUUAAUAAGGUCAAAAGGUGUCUGUUAAGGGUAUUUUCUCUUUCACCGAAUGAAGUUUCUUAAAACUAGUUGUACCAAGUUGAAACUAUUUACUUUUUUAGAUAUAAAAUCCGAUAUUUAGAA